ACGAGUUACCUGAUAGUCCAGUUCUUUCGACUUCUGCAACCAAUAAAGCCAACAGGUAGGCCCAUACUGCCAAAUAGAUGCUGGCACUUAUCUGCGAUCGAAGAUACAAACAUCGUUAAAACCUGUAAGCUUUACAGUGUGGCGUACACAGUUAUUUGGAUCAUACAAUUCCUAGAUCUGCAGAGAUCUACUGGUGGAUUUGACAAGGUAUCCAGCUCAGUUGUAUAUGGGGUCUAUACCUCUUAUUUCAUCGACAUCAUUGCACUCGGACUCCUCUUCAUCACAUCCGCCAUCCUCCUCAUCGGUGUGUUUAAGAAUUCCAAAUGCCUCCUGAUCCCUUAUAUGGUGGCUAUUACAGCCCUCAUCGUAUUCCAAGCUAUUGCGUGGUUCCUUCAUCUGUUCAACUGGUAUAAAAUAAACGAAUCCUUGACAACAACUUUAAUUAUAAGUCUCAUUGCAUGGAUUCUACUAGCAUUUGUAAAUGUGAUAUGUCUUCUUUGUGUUAUUUCUGAGUACCAAAAACUAAGUAAAGAUCGUGGCCAGAAAAAUGAUGCCGAAAUAGCGUAUACACCGACCUGUCCCCAUGUAAUCACAUCUCCACCUGAGACUCAAGUGGCGAGCUAUCCAAUCGAAAACCUUUAAAGCCAUCAACAGUAGUGUGGUAUAGGCCUACAACCAAAUUUCCUAUCAUCUCAUAGCUACAACAUUUACAACUGAUCAUAGACAUCGAUCGGACAGACUCCAGGGCCCAUCUUUCAAAUCGCCCAUUUAAAUGUUAACAGCCUACUGAGACACAUUGAAGAAGUGAGAACAGUUGUUAAGACUAACAAGGUUCACAUAUUCGCAGUUAAUGAAACCAAAUAGAUGAAUCUAUCUAUGAUAUGGAAAUCAUGAUUGACGAUUAUAAUUUGAUUAAUGAGUAAAGACAGAGUUCGACAGGGUGGUGGAGUAGCCAUUUGUCUCCACAAAUCAUUACAUUUUGAAAGAAUAAGUCAUGAAUUUCUUGAUGAUUUAGAAGCACUUGUUAUUAAAGUUUAUCUCAAGUUUUCAAAACCUCUUAUCGUAUCAACUUGGUAUAGACAACCAUCUUCAGAUAUUGGAAUCUUUAAUUUGUAUGAAAGAUUUCUUAGCAUUAUUGACACAAUGAAUUGUGACAUAGUUAAAGCAGGUGAUGUAAACUGUGAUAUCCUAGCUAAACCCUUAUCAAGUAUGACCAAGAAAUAUGUUGAUAUAAAUAAUGUUUAUUCUCUGGUUCAAAUUAAUACCAAAGAAGGAACAAGAAUCACAAAUGUUUCUGCUACAAUGAUAGAUCAUUUAUUAAAAAACAACACUAAAAACGUAGUCAAUCAUGGUGUAAUUCAUAACGGGAUGAGUGACCAUUCGAUUAGCUUCCUGACCUGGAACUCUAAGAUCUGUGCUCAGCCCAAAUUUAUCUCUUUCAGAAGUCGCAGCAAGCUCAAUAGUGAUGACUUUAGAAAUGAUAUUCGUAACCAGAAUUGGGAAAGUAUAGAUCAAUGUAAUUCAGUUGAUGAUGUUGUCGAAUUAUGGCAAAAUAUGUUUUUACAUGUUGUUGACAAACACAUGCCAAAUCGUUUAAAAAGAAUAAGUACCAAGGGUUCUCCUUGGAUGAAUGCAAAUAUUUGUAAACUCAUGAAAAAACGUGACAAAAUUAAAAGAAAAGCUUGCAAACUGAAAGAUUAAAAACUUAUGUGCGAGUACAGAAUAUUACGAAAUAAGGUAACAAAUGAAGUAAGGAAAUCAAAGAAACGGUAUUACUCUGAUAAAUUUACACAUUUUAAGGUAAACCCAAAGCAGACUUGGAAAACCUUAAAGUCCAUUAUUCCGAAUAAAAAACGUGAAAUACCUACCGUUUCGUCUAAUUCGGAUUGUAAUACUGAAACUGCUAACCUAUUCAACACUUACUUUGCAAACGUAGGGAGGCAAUUAGCCAGUGAAAUACCUGAUAUGAACCCCCACAGGGGCCGCGGAAC